AUGUGGCUGACCUUGUUUUUGGCCGACAGCUUUGGAGACCCGAAAGCUCAACCGCACACUCCCAGGCAGACUCCGACUUCCGCCGCCUUUCCCAGCCCCGUUUUCGAGACUCCCAAGCACUACCAGGGCUCCUUCGUCGAGCCUGGUGGCCUGACCCCGCGAUUUGCCGAAGAAUACUCUGUUUUUAAUUCGACCCCGGGAAAUCUCAGGGGCUCUCAGGGCCCCUUCGCCGACUUCAUCCCGGCGACCCCGGCGAGCUUUUCCAGGGGUCACAAGCGGCUGCUGUCUGUUGAGGGGCCUGUCGUCGACAUUGCUGCGCAUGUGAGCCGCUUCUCGUCCAACCCAGACAGGUCACUCCCUCCAGCCAACCCCUCUCGGCGUCGACCCUCUUCGCCUGGUCCGAACACGUCGACCAAGAAGUUUUGUAGGGAUACCAACACCGACCCACCAGAGCCGCCUCAGGUUAUAUCACCACCACCAACGUCUCGCAAGGCUGCUCGUCAGCUCAGCCCCAGGCUCAUCAUGCAUCAUGACGAAACAUUCGGUCAGCCGGACCUCACCGGUCCCACGCAACACGACAUGGCCGUCUUGAUGGGCAGCUCGGGCGACCUGUUUGGUUAUCCCAUGUCGGCUCCGGCGGCCGCGCCCGCCAACUUCUGGGACCCCUCGGUGUCCAUGAGCAUGGAUCUGGAAUUCAACGCCGCUGGACAUCAUACCAUGCAACCUCCCACUCCCCCGUCACAUCGCCAUACAGGGUCCUUUGAUUGGAACGCCGAAAUCCAGUUGUUCCAGGACGUUGCUGUUCCGCCCCCUUCCACCAAUCAGGAAACCGUCCAGCAGGUGAGGCGCGAAAGGGCUCUGGCUCCGAAGCCACCGGCAUCCGAAGUCGUCACCACCAACGCAAGUGACACUGCCGUACCCGCCGUGCGUUCCAACGUACUGGACGACCCUUUCGGCAUAAUCAAUCCGGGCGACGGAGUCGACCCGGGCUUGCUCUUCGGUCGUCCUCAGGCGGUGUUGAACUCCAACUUUAGCACACUGUCUCAGCCGGGCCUUGCCGAGUCGGCCACGGCGUUGUCUGGAAAGGGCCAAACCGGAGACGUGCGCAGGACAAACAGCGCCAGGGUGGCGAGGAAUGCCCGGUUACCGGACCGGGCCCUGCCCAGCUCGCCCGUCAAGUCGUCGAUACGCCCCGGGCUAGGACGAAGUUAUAACGAUGACUCCUCGACGGACGACGAGCCCAUCAUUAUCCCUAGUCGUUGCAGUUCGUUCAACGCGUCUUUUGCCCUUCCUGAUCCCCGCAAGCCCGUGGGGUCCAUCUUUCACACCUCGUAUCGGGAGGUCAGCGACAGGAGCCGAAGCAACUCUGCCAACGGUGCCGAGAGCGAGGCAGAGACUGUCGUCAACGAUCGGCAAAAGAAAGGAGGAGAUGCGACCAGUGAGCUUCGCAAGGUGGUUGAGGAUCGGCAGAAAUGGUCAAGUCGAAUGGGAAGCGCGCGGUCCCGGCGGUUCAUCUCGACAAACGUUGGCAGCUUUCCCGGCGGCAUCAUCUCGCCGGCGAGCCUGACGGGCUCGAGCCAUGGGCCAAGCGUUAGAUGCGUGUGCAAUGAAGUCUCGGCAGACGAAGCAGACGGCUUCAUGCUCCAGUGUGAAGCGUGCGAGAUGUGGCUGCACGGCAAAUGCAUCAACAUCACGAGACGGUCCAUGCCGAGCGUCUAUAUAUGCUGCUUCUGCGCCAACACGCCGAACAUGGCGGGGCGGAGAUGUCGAGAGAACGGGCUGGGAAUCGGGGGGCUGUUGUCACCGCUGGCUAAUAAGCCUUUCCGGUCCUUUCGGUGA